ACGCGACCCUCACAUGACCAGGAGUCGACGUGUGCAGAAGUCCUUAUAGUCCAAGGCCUGUUUCCCUGUAGCAGCUCCCUAUUGCUGGAGGAGAAAAGUGCCCCGGAUUCUUUCAGGAUUCUUGGUCUUUUGGGAGCGACCCAAAUCGAGUGAGGGAAGAGGGAGGAAAAUCCCCUGGAUCCCUGCAGGAUUAAUUUAUUCAAAAAGAGAAUAAGAGAAAAUACUCAACAUGCAAAAGUCUAAUGAAGAAAAUGAAGGAAAACCACAAAACAUGCCAAAGGCUGAGGAAGACCGCCCUUUGGAAGCUGUACCACAGGAGGCAGAAAGAAAUCCUCAGCCUUCCGAAGAAGGUAUAAGCCAGGAAGCAGAAGGAAACCUUAGAGGAGGGCUGACUCAGCCUGGUCAGGGGUAUAAAGAGGACACUCCGGUUAGGCAUUUCGACCCAGAAGAAAUGAUAAGAGGAGUAGAUGAGUUGGAAAGGCUUAGGGAAGAGAUAAGAAGAGUAAGAAACAAGUUUGUGAUGAUGCAUUGGAAGCAAAGACAUUCACGCAGCCGUCCUUACCCUGUGUGCUUUAGGCCUUGAAUUUUUUUUUGUCUGAUAUUAAAAUCUGGCCCCUGCUUUCUUUCUGUUAGCAUUUUCUGAUGUAUCUUUGACUUUUGUUUUAUUUUUAAUCAUCUGGUGGAGUUUUGUUUUAGGUAGUUUCCUUGUUACCAGCAUCUGGAUUUCGUAUUUUGUCACAUUCUCCAGGUCUAUUUUUCAAUUGGGAAGUUUCACACAUAUGCAUGAAAAUAUCUUCAUUCCAUGUUGUAAGUAAAACAUAACAGGUUACAGAGCAGCAUAUUUAGUAUCAGCUCACAUAUGUAGGAGAAAAUCUCAAAUUGUGUGUGUGUGCGUGUCUAUACAUACAUACAUACAUAUAUCAAAAAUUUAACUGUGCUUGUUUCUGUGUGGUGAGUUUUUUUUUUCUUUUUGCUUAUAUGUAUUUUUUAAUGAACACAUCACACACACAAAAAGAAUUAAAGUUUUUUUUUUAUAAUUAAAAGUUAAAUAAUUUGCAACCAGCUUAUAAGGGCAAUGGGGGCACCUAAACUCUUGAUGAAACAACUAUUAAAAAAUGUAAACCUCAAAUUACCUCUGAGUCUCUUAGCCAGAGGAAUAAAACUGGCAGUUAUUACAGAUA